AUGAAUGACAAACUUGCGAUUUGGAAGCCAUGGACAGCAUCAUCCGAAGCGGCAAGUACUAAUGCUAAGAAAGACGCAAUAGCCAACCCCGCUUGGUUACUUGUGCUAAUUUGUGAUAUAGCCGAGCAAUAUAGGCUAGUACGUCUCAGUUGGCAAGGUUCACAGCGUACACAUCUGUUCUGGACGGAAGAUAAUCCGUCCACUACAACCAGAUACCAAACUGGGAAUCCUGCAUUUACCGACAGUCAUUUUGAGCGUUUGCCACAAAUCGCUGAUAGUCUUACGUGCACUUUUAAUAGGUGUCAGCUCGUGUUUAGCAUCCUUCGGCUGUAUCAGCACCCUUACAUUACCCAGCAAAAUCGAAUUAAGGAGCUUCCGAGGCUAAAACCAGCUGCAUUGCUCUCAAUUCGACAGUAUCGCUGA